AUUGCAACCUGGUGUGUCUCAUCUCCGAGCUGCCGGAUCGGAGAAGAUGAGAAGAAGCGAAAGACGGAAAAAGGAGGGGAGAGACACUCCAGGGAAGCUGGUGAUGCAGGAUGCUGAAUUGACCCUUAAAUACACCCAAAAAUGAAACUCUGCAUGCCGACGGCAUGAAGUCCGCGCUGACUGACCGCCGGCUUUGAUCCCUGACCCUCGGCCAAAUGGUCUGGCUACAGCACGGCCACUCGCUGUUUUACAGCCACAGUUUGGACCACUGACUUCCUCUCCGCUGCCUGGAUGGACUCUUUUAUUGAUCAUCCACACUUAGAGUUGGCACCAGUUUAUUUGGAGGUUAAUGGGAGCCGCAGCGACGGGCCAGCGACGUGGUCGACCACAAUCAACUUCGUGCGAUCAGGAUGUGAUUUGAAGAGGGGAAUUACAGUCCGGAGACACCGCAGCUCCUGUUUCCCUGCGGGCGACAGACCAGAGUCAUGGCCUCCAGCAAGAACAAGGGCCAGACCUCUCUGGCUCUCCACAAGGUGAUCAUGGUGGGCAGCGGCGGCGUGGGGAAGUCCGCCCUCACCCUGCAGUUCAUGUACGAUGAGUUCGUGGAGGAUUACGAGCCCACCAAGGCCGACAGCUACAGGAAGAAGGUGGUGCUGGACGGCGAGGACGUGCAGAUCGACAUCCUGGACACGGCGGGUCAGGAGGACUACGCCGCCAUCAGAGACAACUACUUCCGCAGCGGCGAAGGCUUCCUGUUGGUCUUCUCCAUCACAGAGCACGAGUCCUUCACGGCCACCGCGGAGCUCAGGGAGCAGAUCCUGCGGGUGAAGGAGGAGGAGGCGAUCCCUCUGCUGCUGGUGGGGAACAAGUCGGACCUGGAGGAGCGGCGGCAGGUUUCUGCCGAGGAGGCGGCGGCGAGGGUGAGCGAGUGGGGGGUUCAGUACGUCGAGACGUCGGCCAAGACGAGAGCCAACGUGGACAAGGUUUUCUUCGACCUCAUGCGGGAGGUCCGCAAGAAGAAAAUGUCCGAGAGCAAAGACAAAAACGGACCGAGCGGCAAGAAGAAGAAAAAACCCUGCUGCAUACUUUAACAACAAAACAAGUGCCAAAACCAAAAAAAACAA